AUGCCUUCAUUCUUGGAUUUUGUCUUGUCGUAUGGCAGACACCAACAUGCACAAGACUUCCAUUUCGUGGGCUUUAGGCAUGAAUCUAGCCUGCCCUCGGUGCAAAGAGGACUAAGAAUCCCUGAGCUUGGUCGAUCAGGCCGCAGGAUCCAGUUGUGCUACAGCUUCAGCUCUGUAGAGCCGUCAGCAAGGCAGACCAGUUGGCCGUGGUCCGUGCGCCAGACUGCUACCUACCAUUCUCUUGACCUGGAAAGUGGUCACUCCACCUGGAUUGUGGUAAAAGGUGAUCAGCUCAUGCACGAGAGAGUCAUAUCGGCAACGAAAUCUCCCCAUGUUGCAGAUCUGCGCUCGUUUCGAACGCUUCAGGAUUCCGUUUCCUCCUCAUUCGCUACUCAUCUCAUCUUCUGUGAUUGGUCCGCAGAGAACUGGCGAUGGUAUAUCAACUUUCUCGAAGACCAGGUCCAAGAUACAACGCGUAGAACUGUGGAUAUCCCAGUAUCGAAACCAUUAGACCAGAUUCCGACCAUCACGCCCCUCCCCACAUCCCUGCAAGGCUUGUCGCAGAAAAAGGCGAAGCCAAGACCCUCCAGAUUUAGUCGGAAGAACAUCCACCGGCAGCAUAGUACACUGUCACCUUCGCCAGCUGUGUUGAAUGUACCUACAGGACCUCCCGAACCUCCUGAACGGCCCCCCGAGGCUACUUUGAAGAAGGAAGAUGGUCACGGAGGGUUCUCUUUCAAAGACUUGCAAAGGAUCCAAUUCAUUGAGGAACAAGCAAAUGAGACCCUACUCGUGCUGAAGAAUAACACAAACAUUCUGACUGAAUUGACGGAACACUAUUCUUCGGUGAUGCAAUCAGAAGACUGUCCUCAGGAGAUAGAGCAGCACUGCAAGGGUCAGUUUGCUCAUUUCGGGAGUCGCAUUGUGAGCGUCCAACAUGAUUUGCGGAUGCAGCAAUCGAGAGUGGAGACACUGUUGCGAAUACUCGCUGAUCGGAAAACACUUCUGUAUGGCAUUCUACAAUUUAGAAGCAUGGAAGCAACCAAUGUCCUGGCGGAGAAGGCACAACAGUCAACAGGCAAGAUGGGGCUUCUGACGGAAAAGAUGCAUGAAGUGGCCAUCAAAACCAAGCAGGAGACCGUCUCAAUGAGGAUAAUCACUCUUGUAACAUUGUUUUUCCUUCCAGGCACAUUCAUAUCGACACUGAUGAGCACAGACAUCGUCAGGUUUCCAACCGCCAAUUCAGCAAAGCCGGAGAGAGUCUUUUGUCUUGAUGCCUUAAAACUAUUCCUUGCCAUCACGUUGCCGUUGAUGUGUGGUACAUUCAUGGCAGGCGGGCUGUUCUACUGGAUUACUACUUUGAGAGAGCGAAUGAGAUCAAGUGGUGGCGAAGCUGGUGCAUAUGACUCGCGUAUAUCUUGA